CAAUUCUUGGAACAUUCAUUUUAUCGUUGUUCAGACAAAAUAUGUUGGUCCCUAUUAUAGCGGGGACGUGCUGUGCUUAUCUUAUUUACUGGAUCUUGUGGAUUGCAUAUCAACAUCACAAGUGUUCCCACAUUCCAGGGCCGGCGAGAACUAGUUUCCUGUUCGGAAAUGCGGCUCUCCUAAAGUCGGGAGUAAGAAGAAGGGGUAACUUAGGAAGUUUAUUCCAUGAACUAACACUGGAAUAUGGGAACGUGUUCAUCUUGUGGAGAGUAACAAACCCCACAGUUGUUACAGCUGAUUUACCAGCUGUUAAAGAGUACUAUACUAAUCUCAAGCUCUUCAAGAAAUCCAUGAGUCUAGGAUUCCUCGGAUUGGGUAGCAUUGGAAAGACGAACUUUAUCGGGGAACACAGCAUCCUCUCAGAUGCAGGGGGAUCCAACUGGGAAAGAAAGAAGAGGAUUAUGGACCCAGGGUUCAAGAUAUCCAGACUGCAGAACCACAUCUCUAAAUUCUACCUGAUUGGGGAGCAGGUAGUGGAGGAUCUGGAGGCCACCCAACUGAAGGACGGUUUUGUUGAAUUCACUAAAGUAAUAGCUCCCUACACCAUCCACGCUAUAAGCUCCGCUGGUUUCAGCGUCAUUGAAGAUGAGACCCUGCAGGAUCUAAGUGAGGGUGCCACCACUAUAGCUGACUUCUGGGUCAGCCAGAUGAAGGAGUCUCCUCUAAGAAGAACAAAACUUGCGGCAAUGUUAGGAAUGGACAGUCCUGCGAUACCAGCUGCGGAGAAGCAGCUGAAAUACGUGAGGGAACUGGGAAAGAAGCUGGUCAUGGAGCGUAUUAACAGUGGCAAGUUUAAUGGGAAAGGAAAUGAUGCGCUUGAUUUCGUGAUAAUGGCGAAUGAAGAGAACGGACAGUUGAACAUGGAGAGAUGCCUGGACGAGUUCAUGUCAAUAUAUGAGGCUGGUAACGUUACCACGGCAACAACCCUGUGUUUUGUAAUAGCGGAGCUGAUAAGGAACACAGAGUACCUGGAUACACUGAUAAGGGAGGUGGAUGAGAUAUGGGCUGGGAGAGGUAUCACCAGUAGUAGUCCAGAUGAGGACGUAGUGGCUGCUCUCAAGGAUAUGGUAUACCUAGAUGCUGUUCUGAAUGAGACGUUGAGGAGACAUCCUCCUGUUACUGUCGGAAUGAGGAUUCUUCAACAAGACAUGAAGGUACUGGACUACAUGAUCCCAGCUGGAGUCUCCUUCUCGGUUAGUCAGCAGGUUCUUCAUCACCACCCUCAAUACUGGAGCAACCCUGACAUCUUCAAUCCGAAUAGAUUCCUGGAAAACAGCAAGGAUAUCGUUCCGUUCACUUUUGUUCCCUUUAUCGUGGGUCCCAGGAGAUGUCUUGGUAAAAACUUUGCAAUCUUGGAAAUGAAAGUGUUCAUUGCAAUAUGGCUGAGCAGACUAACGUUUGAGAAGUUACCGGGAACAGAAGAGGAGAUUGUAACGGAGCAGAGUUUGCUGGUGAGGAUGUUAGACAGUAGAACUAUCGUUAAAAUGAGAUGUUAAAUGUAUCAACAUUUGUAAUUAUGUAUUAUUAGUAUAAUUAUGUAUAAUUAUGUAUUAUUAUUGCUCAGUAAACAGUUCUUGCAAUAAUAUCUUUUACUUUGUAAAUUGUAAUCUU